AUGAUUAUCAGGCAAAAUACGCGGUUCAUUUCCAUUGCUACACCGCUGAACCCCAACUCGACCACCGAAGAGCCGAUCUCAUUAGACCCACCUUCGUCAUUACCUGACGCCUCAUCAACUGCUUCCACCAGCACAAACAUUCCCUCAACCCGCAUAUCCCCACCGUCUUCGCUCUCGUCCACGAACCCCCCUUUUGACACGCAUGCUUUCUUCUCCGCGCUGGAAAAGACGUUUCCGACCCCAACGGCGCGUAGUCUCAUGCGAGCGACACGUGCUCUACUCGUGGACAGACUGGGGCGAGUAAAGCGGGAGGGGCUCACCGUCAAAGACUUGGACAACCAAGCAUACUUGUUCCGCGCCGCUCUCGCCGAGCUACGCGCGGAGUUCACGAUGGACACGAGCAAUGACUCCGCAUCUAUGCGGACUGCGACUACAGCACUAAGGAAAGAGGUUGACAAAUUGGACAUCAAGAUGAAGGAGGAUGUGGCCACAUUGAAACAUGAGGUUCAGAUGGAACUCGACAGCAGGAAAAACGAGGCCAAGUCUGAGCUCAAGCAACAAGAUAUUGUCAUUGAGGAACUGCUGAAUAAGGCGAUUGUAAGUAUCAGCGAUCUGCGGAGCGACGUCGAGGAGGUCAAGUGGGAUAACACGCGGAGGGCAGUUGUGACGCUGUUUGGCUUCCUGGCCCUCAUAAUCGUGACGAUGGAACUGCAACCCAAGCCCAAAGCGAAGCCCAGCAGCAGCCCUCCAUCGAAUGUGUCAUUAUCAGACAUGGUGCAACCGAGCGCAAAGAACGUGAAGCAACCGGAGGAAGGGUCGAUAGAGGGGUGGGCAACGUAA